ACAACAACAGUAGGAGGCAGAAGCUGCAGCAGAUGAAGAGAGGGAAAUUUUCUCAUGCCACUUCGGUGAAGAACUUGUAGAAGGUUAUAAUUUCUAUCUCUCCUGCAAUGGAACUUGGCUUUACAUCCCUAUUAGCUUAUUAUAUUCACCACUUUCCUUCCCCUGUGUUCCCUCCUCUAAGCAGGCCGUAACAAGAGUGUCAUGUAGAGCAAAAUCUGUUUCUUAUCAAAGAACCAAUUCUGUAUUGCAUAGGCUACUUAUAGCAUCGCAGGCCCACGAGCCAACCAAACUUUCAGAUGGAUCUAGGGCGACAAAGCCCACAAUAGAAGCGUUUUAAAUCGGUGUGUCUCAUAAAGACACAAAACUAGGGUUUCAGACACAAACAUCACUAGGUUACGAGGUUUUAUCUCCAAGAUCAUUGAUGACGGAAAAAGAAGCGAAGAGUAGAAACAGAAUACAACUUCCAGAGGAUUUGCUUGUGGAGAUACUCUCUAGGGUUCCGGAUGCUUCUCUGGCACGGUUCCUAUCUACCUCAAAAGAAUGGAACUCUCUUAUCAAAACAGAAGAGAGACUUAGGAAGAAGUCUCUUGUUGUCAUGUUAAUUGAUGGUAGGGUCUAUUUUGCUAGGCUUGAUCUCCAUGGCAUUACCGACGACAACGUUGUAAAGGUAAAAAGUCAGUUCAGCCUCAAUGAUUAUCCUCUUUCUAUACAUGAUAUCUUUCACUGCGACGGCCUAUUGCUAUGCACCACCAUGGACGAAAGACUGGUUGUCUGGAACCCAUGUUCAGGGGAAACAAGUAGAAUUAUCAAACCCUUAAAUUCCAAAUAUAGUUUUGAUGUCUACGCGCUCGGUAAAUCCUCAUGCAACAACGAGUAUAAAAUCUUGAGGGUCCAUCAUCAUGGAGAUGGUUGGAUGUCUCCAUGCCUUGUUAAGUACGAAAUAUAUGACUUUACAUCUAAUUCCUGGAGGGUUGUUGGUGAGAUUAGAGGGUGGACAUUUCCAGGGCCCUGGCGACAUGGCACGUCUGUGGAUGGAAAUACUUACUGGCUUUCUUUUGAUUUUAGUCAAGACCGUCAAAGACCGAAAAAUACCUUACGAUAUUUUGAUUAUUCAACAGAGAGGUUUGGACUUGUGCCUCUUCCGGGUGAUCCUCUAUCUUAUCAUCCUUUUGCCUUAUCAGUGACUAGAGAAGAGCAGAAUCUUUGUCUGUUAACUUCUUGUGUCAAACUACUCGAUAUAGGUGUAUGGAUGGCAACUAAAAUUAAAGGUACAGGAGACAUGUCAUGGAGUAAACUCUUAACAGUGAAACGAACCAGUAGCGACCAGUUCUUUAAGCUUUGUAAAGGAGUGAGUUUCUUGGCUGACCGGAAGAAUAAAGUUAUAGUGCAUCCCAUUAGGAACUUCUUACACAUUGUGGGAGAGGAUAAAUACAGAAAAGUGAACCUUUGUGCUGUAGGAUACGCACUUCCUGUCAGCUGUGAUCCAACUUUGGUUCAAAUCCAACAAGGUUCUUUGGGGCUAGGCACAUGGAAAGAACCAAUCACCAAGUUUUCAUGAUAUUUGAUAAAUUAAAAUGCAAGUCUUGCUACUCCAUAAGGUUUUAGUUACAAUUCCAAUUCUAUUUCUUCUGCGACUGGAACAAUAUUUUUGGUUAUCUCUUAUUAAAUAAGCAAGUCUUGUUCUUAAAAAUCAGCAAUACCACUGACGUCAUUUACA